AAAUAACCCUUUUAAUGUAAGCGAUGUCUGAAAGACUCUUAAAUAAACAAUUAUUUCAUCGAAGGAAGUUCCCCUUUAACACAAAAGCUAGGAAAUAGAGAGAACUUUCUAUUCUGGAUUUCAGCAUGCCUCUGCAGUUUCACUUUCAUUUCUCCAGAAAUUGAUGCAAUGCGUUAGCUAGAGCCACUGAUAUAAAAAUCCUUUCCUGGGAGGGGAGCUGCAGUCACUGUGUGUCAGGAUUCCAGACUAUAAGCAAACUUAGGGGGCUGUUCCUGCUGAAUUGUGCUGAGUCCAGAAUUAUUAAAGAAGAAGAAUUAAAGGGGAAGUUGACCUUUUUAAACUUACGCAGAAGAUGGAGAAAAUUCUGAGCAGCCAGUACGAGGAGAAGAUCCGCCCGUGCAUUGACAUCAUCGACUCUCUCAGAGCACUGGGGGUGGACAAGGACCUUGGCCUCCCAUCUAUUGCGGUCAUUGGGGACCAGAGUUCUGGGAAAAGCUCAGUCCUGGAGGCGCUGUCUGGAGUGACCCUUCCUAGGGGCAGUGGCAUUGUUACGCGGUGCCCACUGGAACUGAAGCUUAAAAAAGCAACAAAGUCGACAACCUGGAGUGGAAAGAUUUCCUACCGUGACCAUGAACUGACGAUUGCAAGUGCCGCAGAGGUGGAAAAUCAAGUAAAACAAGCUCAGAACCUUAUGGCCGGUAACGGCAAAGGAAUCAGUGAUGAACUGAUAUCGCUAGAAGUGAUAUCUCCAGACGUUCCAGACUUAACGUUGAUUGAUCUGCCUGGAAUCACUAGAGUUGCACUGCCCGAUCAGCCCAAAGAUAUUGGACAGCAGAUCAAGAAAAUGAUCGGAAAAUACAUCCAGAGGCAGGAGACCAUUAAUCUGGUUGUGGUUCCCAGUAAUGUGGAUAUAGCAACAACUGAGGCCCUGGAAAUGGCCCGGGAGGUGGAUCCUAAUGGGGAAAGGACUUUAGGGAUUUUAACAAAGCCAGACUUGGUUGACAGAGGAGCAGAGUCAGAUGUUGUCAGCGUUGUCCGAAAUCUUGUUUACUCCCUCCAAAAAGGCUACAUGAUUGUGAAAUGCCGCGGGCAGCUGGAGAUACAGGAGAACCUUUCGCUGAAGGAAGCUUUGGAUAACGAACAGAAUUUUUUUAAAGAGCACGAACACUUCAGUGUUCUUCUGGAGGAAGGGAAUGCUACAAUUGCUUGCUUGGCAGAGAAGCUCACCAACGAGCUUGUAGAUCAUAUUGUUAAAACUCUGCCAGCACUGGAUACCCAAAUCAGAAAAAAACUCAAUGAAGCGGAGGAAAAACUGAGAAACCUGGGCACCAGCGUCCCUGACUCGGAAACAGAGAAGCUGAGGUUUCUUAUAGAUAAAAUCACAAGGUUUGCAGGUGCAAUCAUAAAUGCAACUCAAGGAGACGAAGAGAUGACUAAUGGUUCAUUGAAACUGUUCACUGUGAUCCGAAAACAUUUCUACUUCUGGGAAUCUUUUAUCCAGAAACAAUCCAAGAGUUUUGAAGACAAAUCAAGGGAUGACAUUUCCGAGUUUGAGAAUAAACAUCGUGGUCGGGAGCUUCCUGGAUUCAUCAGCUUUAAAGUGUUUGAGAAUAUUGCAAGAGGGCAAAUCCGUAGCCUUGAGGAGCCGGCUAUGGAGAAGCUGAAAGAGGUCACUGAAAUUGUCAAGGCGCAUUUCAGUCAGAUUGCAAUGAAGCAUUUUUUGCCAUUUCCCAACCUGUACAGAGGUGCAAAGGAAAGAAUUGAGGAUAUCUGCCAUAAGCAAGUGUGGGAGGCCGAAAGAACAAUACAAACUCAGUUUAAAAUGGAAAAAAUAAUUUAUUGCCAAGACAGACUCUACAGCGGACGACUCAACGAAGUCCGAAGUGCAGUUGCAAAACCAACAAAUCCUGCCUCUGUUUCCAUCCAAACACCUGCACCCACCCCAAUGCAGAUCUCAUGUGAUGAAAUGCACUAUCAUGUACAGGCCUACUUUAAGAGUUUAAAAGAGCGUUUGUCCAACCAAAUUCCGAUGAUCAUCCAAUAUUACAUUCUCCACGAAUUUUCAGAGAAGUUACAGAAUCAAAUGAUGCAACUGAUCCAAGAAAGGGAGAAACUGAACACACUCCUUGCUGAGAAAACUGAUAUCACCCGAGUGAGGGACAAUCUCAGCAACCAGAUCGAGCGGCUUACUGCUGCCAGUCAUAAACUGGCUAAAUUUCACUGUUAAAUGCUGUCUUUUGAUGCCUGAUAAAUGUAUUCUCCACUAAAUUAUUUUUAUAUAUAUAUAUAUAUAUAUAUAUAUAUAGAAACUAUUGGAGGCCAGCACAACACGUAAGUAGGUAGAUGUUGCCUGGGUGCGAUAAGCCCAAAAGGUAGAACAACAGCGUCGAGGAAGGUACGCACUCACAGGUCUUAUGAAGAAAAAAU